CACAGAAAUUUUGGUUAUUCGCUUGGAUUUGAUUUAUGCUUUAUGCUACGUUAGGAUGUCAAAGUCGAAUUGACAUAUUUACAUCUUCACAGCUGAUUUAAAAAUUUUAAAUUAAACAGAAAGGAAUGACUGAUUACCACCUAAAAUUUGAAAUAUUCUGACAUUCUAGUGCCUCAGUUAUGCCUUGUAAAAUCGAUUAAAGCAUUCAAAUGCGUUCUUCAGUCAGCUACAUAUUAUCAAGUAGUACAAGUGAGCCAAACAUGUCUCACCCUGACUACGAACAGUACUCACAUGACCAUGCAGCUCUUCUGGUGCUGGUGCGUCUCAUUGGAGAUCAACUGAAGCAAAAAACCUACACGAAGUUUUUUGAUCGGAUCGCAAAGCUCAGCAAUAUCAGAGUUACUGACUCCACUGGUCUAGCCAGGAAUAUUCUGGUGCGCUAUGUGAAGGAGUACCCUGUGGAGAAUAAUGAUUGGGGAGAUUUUCAGACACAUAGGAGGUUGCUUGGUUUGAUUUCAUUGGGGAAAUAUGACUCUCAACAAGAAUUGAACGAAAUAUGCAGAGUACAUGAGAGUUUGAAGGUCAAGUACAACAACACACUAUUUGAUUCAAGAUGCAUAUUCUUUGGGCCUACCAAGGAAAACCAAGAAUCUCAGAUCGAUGAGAAGGCAAGUCCUGGGUCUAGCAGUUCUGAUACAGAUACUAAGUCGGAAAAUGCUGAUAGUGGUGAGAUAGUAGACAAAUUCACGACGCCGAGUAACUUCAAAACAAGAGCGCUGUUCUACGACGAAUCAUCUACGUGUAUGGACUUGGAAACGCAGCUUAACGAAUUUAUCAACUCAUUGUUCUGGGUGUUGGAGUCGAAAAGGCUGGAGAGGUCUAGAGAGAAGUUGGAGAGAGUUUCUCUUUUGUUAGCACCAUUCGAAAAAAAGGAUUUCGUUGGACUGGAUAUGGAAUCUAGAAAUAACAAGAAGAGGUGUACGGGUCGGAUGACAAAACAUUUAGGAGAUCUCUGUCUUCAGUCAGGUCUGGUCAGUGAAAGCUUAGCAUAUUAUUCUCAAGCUGCUGAAACUUUAAAGUCUGUGAACGAUUGGCUAUGGUUGGGUGCCGCAUAUGAAGGUCUCAGCGCUGCCUCAGCUUUAGUACUUUAUCCUGAUAUGCAACGUAACGUGCCCUUGCACAGAAAUGCUAGUCUGCAGGAAGGGUCUCCAAGAAAAUCAAGCUCUGCCUCUCAAUCGGUGACUUUACCUGCCCGAAAACCUGUCCCCAAUACUCUAACACCUGAAGAUAUUUUGAAACGAUAUAGAGAAGCAAUAAUACAUUACAGCAAGUACCAGAACGCUGGUAUUGUCGAGACUGAAGCCUGUUUUAAGGCCGCCAGAAUUGCUGUGGAACAGAAUCAUGCGUUACAAGCAGCCACUUUCUUGCAAAACGUUGUGUACAUCAACUUGACGUUAUCUGAACAGGAGAAAAUAGACAGAUUUGAAACCUUAGCAGAUUUAUACACACAAAUAGGCUUUGCAAGGAAAGCCGCAUUUUGUCUUAGAUUCGCUGCAACCAGCCUAACGAUACACCGUCGGGGUCCAAAAUUUUGGAAGAUGAUGUUAGUCGGGACAUUGAUGAUAAAACUGAUAAUAAAUCAAUCGAUUCCAGCGACAGCUCGUUGAUCAAAAAUAAAAAUCCAGUUCAAGUUAAAAAUAAAAUAAAGCAUAACAUUACCCAAGAAACGAGUGGAAUUGCAGCAGCUAUUAAUGAGCUUAAACAACUGAAUAGUACUAUACAAACUUCCAGUUGUUCUCAGCAAUGUGAUGAGUACGAUGUUAUUGGAAAACAUGUCGCUAUUCAACUGAGAGAGCUCCCAUUACUCGAUUUUAUAGACGCCAAAGAUGAAAUCCAACAAGUACUUUCCCGAUACCGAAAAAAAGCUGUAUGUGCCCGAAACACAUCUGCUUUUUCCUCAUAUAAUACAUCGUCGCCAACGUCCUACAUAUCGCUGGCAUCACCAGGAUCCAGUGUACCAAGUGAUUCAUUCCCAGGACCUGUCCCAAUAUCUGAUCGGCCCGCAGAAACAGUUUCUCGGCAGCCAGUUCAAACAGUUGUUGGACAACCAUCAAAUGCAUCAUACGAGGGUAUCCACUUUGGUGAUCCACUAGUCAGAGCAAUGAUAGAUGCUGAUAUGAACAAUAUGCAAUAACUUUUAUCCUCUGUGUUACUUUUGUUUAAUUUUGUAUGACUUGGUUUGUCUUUAAUAAAUGAAUGAAUGUAUGUAUGAUCCACACAUGUGUCAUUGAAUAAGUAUUUCGAAUCUGUG